AUGGCCGGCCUCGCAUCCCUAGUCAGUGCAUUGCUACUAGGUGCCCAGACCGCUUACGGUCUCCCCUCAGACGCCACUACUCAGGCCUGCAAUGAGAUAGCCAACUCUCUGCCCGGCAAAGUCCUGAGUCCAGGACUUCUCUCAGUGGAAUAUCAGCAUGAGACACAACAGUACUGGGCUACUAAUCUUCGUGAAAUCAAACCAGCAUGUAUUGUACAGCCCAACUCUGCUCAGGAUAUUUCUAUUGUUAUCAAAAUCCUGAACAAGUACCCGACAGUCCGCUUUGCUACUCGCAGUGGUGGUCAUGACCCUAACAAAGAUCAUUCUACUGUUGAAGAUGGUGUCCUCAUCACCAUGACCGACUUGGUUGGAGCAAGCUAUGACGCACAGGAGGAUGUAGCCUAUGUCCGGCCCGGAGGAGAGUGGAAUGACGUGAUAGGUGAUCUCGAGCAAAGCGGGGUAGCCAUUGCUGGUGGAAGACUUGGUCUCGUUGGUGUUGGUGGCCUACUGUUAGGGGGAGGUCUCUCCUUUCUCAGUGCUCAAGAAGGCCUUGCCGCCGAUAACAUUAUCGAAUGGGAGACAGUCAUGGCCAAUGGCUCCAUUGUAAACGUAAAUGCCGCAAGACAUCCAGACCUCGCACAGGCCAUGCGUGGUAGCAGCAACAAUUUUGGCAUUGUCACACAAUUCAAAGCUAAAGUUCAUCACAUGGACGACGUCUGGGGCGGGUCCUGUUCAUACGAUGAGACAAAGGCAGACGAGCUCUACGCUGCGCUACAUGAAUUCGCUGGUCAUGGUGCCGAAGAUCCCAAGGCUGCCAUUAUAUUCACUGAUCUGGUACUUGGCGUUGGAACGAGGUCAAAACUCAUAUACUACUUUUACGACAACCCUGCACCGCCCACGUCCGGUCCUUUCGCCCAGUUCUUCAACAUCCUCAAUCUGACUUGCGUACCGAAGAGGCAGAAGUAUUCUCAGCUGCUAAAAGCCAAUGGUGAACCGAUUCGCCUCUUGAAUGCUCGUUCUUUCUUCCGCACUGAAACCAUCCCAUACAUCGCCUCUCGCCCACAAAUGUACAAGGAGAUUAGUGACAAGCUCGCCAAGACCACUGCCCUCUUUUUGAAUACUCCUCCUGUCGCCCGUGGCAUUCAGUUCAGCGUUGACUUCCAGCCUCUUCCCUCUGCAAUUGGCAAGAAAUCAGCGGCCAAAGGCGGCAAUGCCAUGGGUCUCGGUGCUUCUGAUCCUGACCGCAUAGUUCUUAUCUUCCAAGGAGCUUGGAACUUACCAUCAGACGACGAAGCUGCUUUCAAGAUUGCCAGAGAAGUUACGAGUUGGCUAGACGAGGUUGUACCGCAGUGGAUGGCAGAAGCAGGCAUGCCCCUGGAUACGUACCUACCGCUAUUCUUGAAUGAUGCUAUGUAUGACCAGCCUGUUCUACAAAGCUAUCGGGAUUAUGAGAAGUUCAAGGCAUUGCAGAAGAGCGUCGAUCCUGACGGCUUGUUCAGCACGAGGACUGGCGGAUUCAAGUUCUGA